AUGCCUCAACCUCCAACACCACCACCUAGGCCACCAGUUCUUGAAGAGAAGUCAAAUGAGUUACAAGAUGAACUUUUGACCUUGACCAACUCCCAAGCUCAAUUUAGGACUGAAACUCGGUCAUCCAUCAGAAAUCUUGAAAUGCAAGUGGGUCAAUUGGAAAAUUUGUUACAAAGCAGACCUCAAGGAAAUUUUCCAAGUAAUGCUAAGGUGAAUCCUAAAGAGUUGUGUAAUGCAAUCUCCUUGAGGAGUGGUAGGGAGUUGGAAGAGUCAGUUGAGAAAUCUAGUCUUCCACCGAAAGUGGAGUCUGAAAUAAAAGGAAAGGUGGAAGAAAAGGUUACUGAGAACCUUGAGAAGAAGCAGUCACAAGUGAGUAUAGAUCAUCACAUAAAAAUUCCUUUCCCACAGAGGCUACGCAAGAACAACCUAGAUAAACAGUUUUCAAAGUUUUUGGAGGUAUUUAAAUUACUUCAUAUCAAUAUCCCCUUUGCAGAAGAGCUUGAGCAGAUGCCAACUUACCUUAAAUUCUUGAAGGAAAUUUUAUCGAAAAAAAGGAAGUUUGAGGAAUACGAGACAGUUGCGCUUAUUGAGGAGUGUAGUGCAAUAUUGCAAAAGAAACUACCUCCCAAGCUUAAAGAUCCAAGUAGUUUUACCAUUCCUUGUACUAUAGGGAAUGCACUUUUUGAGAAGGCAUUAUGUGAUUUAGGGAUAGUGUGA